UUUGAGUUUUACCUCAAACUGAACAUCACAAACCGAGGGAUCGGGUGAGAGGCUCUGGCUGUGACCGGGCAAAUUUCUUCAUUGAGCAGACGUUUGAAGUGCGACAAGGUGCCGAAUUUUGAUGCUUAUAGUAAUACGGUGCUUUAAUGUGUGGGAAAAUCGAUAUCGGGCCGUGGCAUUGCUAUCACCGUAAACUUCUAAAUUAGUGCGAUUCUAAAUUGGAAGCGGGUUUGAAUGGAUAGCUUUUUUCUCCGCUCUCCCCCAUACGAGGGACAAUCGGAGCAACACACGGACUGGGAAUAUUGCAGGGGAAGUUAUAUUUGAAUGUGUAUCGAUAGUUUAUAGACCUUUAGUUUUACAAGUUAUUUAAUUUCGUUAUUUGGCUGCCUUGUGUCAGGUGGCUUUAAAACCGGGUGUUUGUUUCUCCGGCUGCAGGUCGUGGUUGUCUUUCUCACUUCGCCUAUUGCCCCACAUUUCCCGGGGUAAAGCCGGAUUGAGUUAAUUCAGCGGGCCUCCCUUUUUGGAGCCCGAGUCACCACCACCAACAGCGACUUGCACCCAUCAAGGCGCCGAGAUUGGGCGAAUAGCGAGCAAAUACGUCCGCGUUUCUCUGCCUGCUCCCCCGCCGACCUCCCCUCCUCAAUCCCCGGCGCUGACAGCAGACAAGGCCGAGGUCGUUUUAGAACAGGCCCAGCCUCCAAGGCUCGACCUGUCUAACUCAUCUCCGCAUCCUCAAACACCUAACCAACAAACCAAAACCCGGCUCCCCACGGAACCAGUACCGGACAAGGUCGAGGGGAACAAAGACAACAGGCAUCAUCCCAUCACAACAGUAGCCAACAUGAACCAUCACCACCACACUCAGCAACAGAAAGCCGGCGAGCAACAACUUAGCGAGCCCGAGGACAUGGAGAUGGAAGCUGGGGACACUGAUGACCCCCCGAGAAUCCCAGCCAAUCCGGUGAUCAACGGGAACGUUGCCAUGGCAGAUGGACACAACACAGAGGAAGACAUGGAGGACGACACCAGCUGGCGAUCAGAGGCGACCUUUCGCUUCGUGGUGGAGCGUUUCAGCCGCCUCAGCGAGUCCGUUCUCAGCCCGUCCUGCUUCGUCAGGAACCUGCCGUGGAAGAUUAUGGUGAUGCCUCGCUUCUACCCCGACCGGCCGCACCAGAAGAGUGUUGGUUUCUUCCUGCAGUGUAACGCAGAGUCAGACUCCACAUCUUGGUCGUGCCACGCUCAGGCCAUGCUGAAGAUCAUCAACUACAAGGACGAUGAGAAGUCAUUCAGCCGCAGAAUCAGCCAUCUGUUCUUCCACAAGGAGAAUGACUGGGGCUUCUCCAACUUCAUGUCCUGGAGUGAUGUGACUGAUCCAGAGAGGGGGUUUGUGGAGGAUGAUAAAGUCUCCUUUGAAGUCUACGUGCAGGCAGAUGCUCCCCACGGAGUCGCGUGGGACUCGAAGAAACACACAGGGUAUGUGGGUCUGAAGAACCAGGGGGCCACCUGUUACAUGAACAGCCUGCUGCAGACACUGUUCUUUACCAACCAGCUGCGGAGGGCGGUGUACAUGAUGCCGACAGAAGGAGACGACUCCUCAAAGAGUGUUCCUCUGGCUCUCCAGAGGGUCUUCUAUGAGCUGCAGCACAGCGACAAGCCUGUCGGCACCAAGAAACUCACAAAGUCCUUCGGCUGGGAGACAUUAGACAGCUUCAUGCAACACGACGUUCAGGAGCUCUGCCGAGUGCUCCUGGACAAUGUCGAGAACAAGAUGAAAGGCACCUGUGUGGAAGGAACUAUCCCCAAACUGUUCAGAGGAAAGAUGGUGUCAUACAUCCAGUGUAAACAUGUGGACUACCGGUCCGAGCGGAUAGAGGACUACUACGACAUCCAGCUGAGCAUCAAGGGAAAGAAAAACAUCUUUGAGUCCUUUAAGGACUAUGUAGCUGUGGAGCAGCUUGAUGGAGACAACAAAUAUGAUGCGGGAGAACACGGCCUACAGGAAGCGGAGAAGGGGGUGAAGUUCCUGACCUUCCCUCCAAUCCUGCAUUUACAACUGAUGAGGUUCAUGUACGACCCUCAGACUGACCAGAACAUCAAGAUCAAUGACAGGUUUGAGUUUCCAGAGCAGCUUCCCCUGGAUGAGUUCCUCCAGAAGACAGACUCCAAGGACCCAGCCAACUACAUCCUGCACGCUGUUCUGGUUCAUAGUGGAGACAACCAUGGAGGCCAUUAUGUUGUCUACCUUAACCCCAAGGGCGAUGGCAAAGUCAGCGUCAAGGAACCAAUCUGGUGCAAGUUUGAUGAUGAUGUGGUGUCGAGGUGCACCAAGGAGGAGGCCAUCGAACACAACUACGGUGGCCAUGACGACGACCUGUCAGUCCGUCACUGCACCAACGCCUACAUGCUGGUGUACAUACGGGAGUCCAAACUCAGUGAGGUGUUGCUGGCCGUGAAUGAUGUGGACAUCCCCCAGCAGCUGGUGGAGAGGCUGCAGGAGGAGAAACGGGUGGAGGCCCAGAAGAGAAAAGAGCGCCAGGAGGCUCACCUCUACAUGCAGGUCCAGAUUGUGACAGAGGACCAGUUCUGUGGUCACCAGGGCAACGACAUGUACGACGAGGAGAAGGUGAAGUACACGAUCUUCAAGGUCCUAAAGAGCUCCACGCUGCAGGACUUUGUGCAGAACCUUUCGCAGACCAUGGGUUUCCCACAGGACCAGAUGAGACUGUGGCCCAUGCAGGCCCGCAGCAACGGAACCAAGCGACCCGCCAUGCUGGACUAUGAGGCUGACUGCAACAAGUCUAUGAUAGACUUGAGUGACAACGAGACUCCCUGGACAAUAUUUCUGGAGACUGUGGACCCGGAGUUGGCCGCUAGCGGAGCAACGUUACCGAAGUUCGACAAGGACCAUGAUGUCAUGUUGUUCCUGAAGAUGUAUGAUCCAAAACCCAGAAGCUUAAAUUAUUGUGGACAUAUCUACACACCUAUAUCCUGUAAAAUACGAGACCUGUUGCCCGUUAUGUGUGAGAGAGCAGGGUUUCAACAGGAGACCAGUCUUAUCCUCUAUGAGGAAGUGAAGCCUAAUUUAACAGAGCGCAUACAGGACUAUGACGUCUCACUGGAUAAAGCUCUGGAUGAACUCAUGGAUGGGGACAUCAUCGUCUUCCAGAAAGAUGACCCAGAGAACGACAGCAGCGAGCUGCCCACAGCCAAGGACUACUUCAGAGACCUGUAUCACCGGGUGGACGUCAUCUUCUGUGACAAAACCAUCCACAACGACCCUGGCUUUGUCGUCACUCUCUCCAAUAGGAUGAACUACUUCCAGGUGGCGAAGACCGUGGCUCAGAGGCUCAAUACAGACCCAAUGCUGCUCCAGUUCUUCAAAUCCCAGGGGUACAGGGACGGUCCUGGGAAUCCUCUUAGACAUAACUAUGAAGGAACUCUCAGAGACCUGCUGCAGUUCUUCAAACCACGCCAGCCCAAGAAACUCUACUACCAACAGCUGAAGAUGAAGAUAACAGACUUUGAGAACAGGCGGAGUUUCAAAUCCAUAUGGCUGAACAGCCAGUACCGGGAGGAGGAGAUCACUCUGUAUCCAGAUAAACACGGUUGUGUGCGGGAUCUGUUGGAGGAAUGUAAAAAGGCAGUGGAGCUCUCCGACAAAGGCUCUGAGAAGCUCCGGCUGUUGGAGAUUGUCAGCUAUAAGAUCAUCGGGGUUCAUCAGGAAGACGAGCUGCUAGAAUGUUUGUCUCCAGCAGCCAGUCGCACCUUCAGAAUAGAGGAACUUCCUCUAGACCAGGUGGACCUGGAUAAGGAGAAUGAGAUGUUGAUUCCAGUUGCCCAUUUCCACAAGGAGGUCUUUGGGACGUUUGGUAUCCCCUUCCUCCUGAAGAUCAGACAGGGUGAGCCGUUCAGGGAUGUGAUGAGGAGGAUUCAGAACAUGCUCGAAGUCCAGGAGAAAGAGUUUGAGAAGUUCAAGUUUGCGAUUGUGAUGAUGGGCCGUCACCAGUACAUCACCGAGGACGAGUACGAGGUCAACCUGAAGGACUUUGAGCCGCAGCCAGGAAACAUGUCCCACCCCCGUCCUUGGCUGGGGCUGGACCACUUCAACAAAGCUCCAAAGAGAGGCCGCUACACCUACCUGGAGAAAGCUAUCAAGAUCCACAACUGAUCAGCCCCCCCGUUAACCGACCAUAACCACAGACUGUAACCAACCCUGCGCGCGCGCGCGUGUGUGUGUGUGUGUGUGUGUGUGUGUGUGUGUGUGUGUGUGUGUGUGUGUGUGUGUGUUCGU